UCAGCCUUGAGACGACCUUGGAUACACCUUGGUGCUCCCGCGAGGCUAUAUAUACCUCACGCAAUGACAGCGUUCCUAGAGGAAACACCGACAGCGGCGUGGAACCGUAUUUUUAGCAGAACCCGGCGUGAAAUCAGUGUCUCUUUUUUAUGUAUGGAUAAGUGUGAUUAGUAUGUGUUAUAAGUGGUUGGUUUAAGUGAUGGGAAUUCCCUUUAAACCGGCAAGCGGAGCCAAAGAGAGAUUCAUUAUUAACCAGGAGGUAAUAUAUAUCCAUCGGACGAAUACAUGACCAGUUAGGAUGUCAGAAAACCACGUGACGCGGGAGUCAGCUCGGGAUUCCUCGGAUCCAUCCGCCAUGCCGAAUGAGAACGGGGACGCUCACCCGGAAACAGAGUCAGUCCAGGGAAACGCACCAGCAUCUCCAACGCAUCAGAAGCCGACGGCGGUGGAGCGUCGUGCGUUGUUACAGAAGCAACCUUCAUCUAAACGAAAUACCUUCCCAGCUUACGACACGCGACCUGCCGAAAUCCGACGGCUUUCUGACACCGAGAGGCAAAGUUCGAAGCCAGGAGUAAUAUUUAGACGGCAGUCAAGCUUUGACUUCGUCCACACCGACUCCUUCAGUAGGGACCCUCAGACUGAAAAGCUAGAGGAGAUCGAUCCCAAAAAAGUGCCAUGGUGGACCUCACAGCGAUUUGGAAUGUCUAUCCUGUGGUUCUUCGGCUUUCUGUGCCUGUACUCCCAGAGGGUUAAUCUCAGUAUCGCCAUAGUCUCCAUGGUCAACCACGAAGCCCUAAAACACGUACAGGAAGUGACCAUCGUCAACAUGACCAACGAGACGGCAUACAAUACAACAACGCCUGCGACGAGUCUAUACGAAGAGGCACAGUGUCCUGUUUCUUCUUCAAAGAAUACCACGGGUGGAGAGUUCGUGUGGGACAAGAAACUUCAGGGUCUCAUCCUUGGAUCCUUCUUCUGGGGAUACCUCGUGCUGCAGGUGCCGGGAGGCUGGUUCAGCGAGAAGUUCGGCUCCAAGAAAGUGGUCGCCUUUGCAAUGUUCCCUGUCGCCAUCUUCAAUCUCCUGAGUCCAGUGGCUGCACGGACCAGCCCAUAUCUCUUUCUUGUAGUCAGGUUCAUUGUUGGCUUAGGGGAGGGCGUCUUGUACCCAUCUGCACAGGCCUUCUGGGCGAGAUGGUCUCCACCCCAUGAAAGAAGUCGACUUAUCGGAUUCUCGUACGCUGGUGGUCAGUUUGGUAACGCCAUGAUUUUCCCCGUCGGCGGUUACCUGUGUGCAUACGGCUUCGACGGCGGAUGGCCCUCUGUGUUUUACGUUAUUGGAAGUGUGGGCUUCAUCUGGUGCGUGUUCUGGAGUAUAUUCGCCAGUAACUCCCCCGCAGACUGCCCGAGGAUCUCGGAGAUAGAGAGGAAGUACAUCGAGUACUCCGUUGGACCACUGAAGAAAGGAAAGCAGACCACGCCCUGGAAGAGUAUCUUCACGUCCCGGGCUGUUUGGGCCAUCAUCGUCGCCCACGUGUGCGGCAACUAUGGAAUUUACAUGCUACUGACUCAACUCCCGACAUACAUGAAAGAUGUACUCAAGUUCGAUAUCAAAGCGAACGGCCUGUUUUCCAUGCUGCCCUAUCUGUUUUUUUGGCUGUUGAUCACCGUGUCUGGGACACUGGCUGAUUUGCUCAUAUCCCGGAACAUCCUCAGUGUGGCAUGGACCCGAAAACUUAUGACCUGUGUUGGUACAAUAGCCCCUGCAAUUUUCCUGAUAGGAACAGGAUAUAUGGACUGUACCCAGCAGAUUGGUGCGGUCGUUAUGAUCACGGCGGCAGUGGGACUGUGCGGCUUCCACUUUAGCGGCCACUUCAUCAACCACGGGGAUAUUGCGCCACGGUAUGCUGGGACUAUUUUCGGGAUCACCAACACAGCGGCGACAGUUCCUGGUAUCCUUGCGCCGUACGUUGUCGGAGCUAUGACCAAAGAUGGAACAAGACAACAAUGGCUGUCGACCUUCUACGUGGCAGCGGCUGUGUACAUCUUCGGCGCCGUCUUCUAUCUGUUCAUGGCGAUGGGCACCGUUCAACCAUGGGCGGAGGUCGGCGACAAGAACAAGCCUGGUGAGCAAGACAACAUGGUGACGCUCAAUCUGAACGACAUCACCGAGGAGGGCCAUGAUGGAGAUCAGGAUCACCCGGAAAAGACACUAAUGACGAAUGCUACGAAGGAUGUUUGAGGAUUCCGACGGUGUUUAGGGUACAGGUGCAUUGGGUGUGUAGGAAUGUGUAUUUGAAUGGGAAUAUAUGUCCAUCAAUGUGUCGACCGUCUGGUCGGAAGCAGAGAUAGUCAAGGGUAUCAACGCUCUUGAUUUCCAAAGUACUACAGCUUGGAAACUAUAUACAGCCAAACAGCGUUGUGUCGAAGUUCGCAAAUACUUCGACAUAUCCGGGGUUCGACUAAAGCGGGACCAUACAGAGACAACCUGAAGUACCACACAUCGAAGUUUGACACAGCGUUGUUUGACGUUAUAUUUAAGCAAAAGCAUUAUGUAUUUAUGAGACCCCAGCAACAAUCCAAACUAUUUUUGCUAUACAUCUCGCUGUCCAUCCUGCCUGCCUUUACAGCAGGCCUGCUUGGUUUAGUUUUAUCAUUAAUACUCAAUGAGCUCUAGACAAACUAAUAUCCCGUCCGCUGCUACCUGGCUAAUGCGAAUGAGUUGGUCGUAAUAUGAAGGUGACUCAACACACAUGUUCCUGUUAGUCAUUUACAAACUAUUUGAUUUACGAUACGUCCAGACAACCAUUUCCUCCCGUCCUGUUUGUUAUCAGAAUUGUAAAUAAAGAGUCAUUAACAAUUAGAUUGAUGGAUAUGGCAAGGGAAGCAACUCUUGACUAGGUGACUAUUUGUCUCGCACAGGAAUCAGAAAUAGAUUGCCCGACCUGGAACAAUUGUGCAUUGUAAAAAAAAAUAUUGCCUUUAUGUAUUACUCAAACUGACAAAUGUCACUCAACACAUUACAUUGGAAGGGAGCCAUCUGCAGUGGAAUUCAGUCUUGGACGCAGAAGGUAGAAUUUAAUGCGUUUACAUUGCAUUAAAGAAACACACAACUUUAGUGAGUGAGUGAGUUCAGUUUUACGCCGCUUUUAACAAUAUCCCAGUUAUAUCACGGCGGGGGACACCAGAAAUGGGCUUCACACAUUAUAUCCAUGUGGGGAAUCGAAUCCGGGUCUUUGGCGUGACGAGCGAACGCUUUAACCAUUAGGCUACCCCGACGCCCCUCACACAACUUUAGAAUUCAAUUCAAUGCGUUUUGGGUAAGGCUCUAGUAUUUUCUCCUACCCGCCCUAAUUUUUCAUUCCGACUUGAGUAGAAUGAAAAAGGUUUUCCUAUUUCAAUUUACCUCGCCACUUCGGAAAAGUAUGCCCCAUGUAAUAUAAGAAUAACAACUACAAUCAGGGGCUACCAUUAUUAAAAAAAGCCCGGGCUUACACUUGAUUUUGGCUAAAUAGGUUGGGCAAGUCCUCAAUACUAUCUAAAUAUAAAGCUUUGCAACCUAUCGGGCUUACACGAAAAAAAAUGGGCCGGCUUGCUACGCGCCUGAUAAUUGCUGAGCCAUUGUAGAGUCAUUAAAAAACAAAGGUCUCUUCUCUCUAUAUAUAUUGAUUAUUACUCUUUCAAAAACAGUUUUAUAUAUUAUCUUAUUUCUUUAUUAUAUUUCUCCCGCGCACUUUCGUCUUGGUUGAGGUCGGAGAAACACAUACAAAACUUAUUAAUGAUCAAAAUCUAGGUGCAGCAUAUUUCAAGAACAAUAUGUGAGAGCUCAGAGCUGGUGCUAAAUGCAAUGACGUUUUAGUAUAAUACAAUAAUACAUGUAUAUUUUCCUGCUAAUAACGCAUUCCUCUAGCUAUUUUAACUCAGUAAAUAUAUACUUCAGAUUUGAGCGUUGAAUCUAAGCACUGAGAUUGUUUAUGUUUUGGAAGCGCCUAUCGUGAGAUUACUUGUUGCUGUCACUCGUGUCUUCACGAUACAAGGGAGUUAACUCACUAUAAACGAUCCAGGUUAUAGUCAGUUAACUCCCUUGCCAAGGAAGACGAUUCAAAUAAGGAGUAAAUAUAUUAUAAGUGCUAUAUAUAUUUUAAUAUAUACAUAGUCUUGGUGUUGAAAUAUUUGCCGUGUAUGUAUUUUAUUGGUUUAUUUUGUAUAUGGUUGUUAAUGUUUUGAGAUUUUAAUGUACAUAAAUAUAUAUUAACAUUUUGAGAUGUGUUCCGGUGAAUGGCAUUGUCCUUUGGAUGAUGUUUCUCAAACGUGAUAGAUUAUGUUCAAGAAUUUCACUACAUUGCGCAUGUCAGGAAGAUCAACACUACACUUACACGUAUGAACGCUGACAGGUUACUUGAAGUCUUUGAGCUGAAAUCAGUUCAGCCCGUUAGUCAGAGAAGGUUUGAACAGUUUCACAAACUGGUGAAUUGUUUCAUUGUGGUAAACAUUGUGUUUCCAAACUCUUGCUUAAACUUUGUCCUGUUUCUUUGUAUUCCACAAGAACUCACAAAGGUAAGGGAAUAACUCUCAUUACAUCAUGACCAUACAUGGAACUGUCCAGCAGCGGGGCAUGAGAUUAUAUGUUGCUACACAGUAUUAGCAAUUCAUUUAUCAGGAGAGUACUCAUUAAACAGGUACAUGGACAUUAACCAUAUCACAAAUUCAUACACGUAUUAACAGAGACCAUAUAAUAGAGGGACGGCCCUCGAGCCAAUGCGCAAAACCAUCAGCGCUACGGCUUGUACUGCGCAGCCUAUCCGGAAGCUGGCGAAAACGUGUGUUCACUUCAGUCAUCGAUUUCGCGUAUUUUCAUUGCAAAGGUAAGAGGUAAAUUUUUUCAUACUAUAUGGUCUCUGGUAGUAAUGAUAAUGCCUGACAUUACAUGUUGUACCUGAUUGUUGAUGACAAAUUAUUUCUCUCCAACAGAGUAUUACAUGUAUCCAUCCAUCCAUUCCACCUACCUAUAUCUAGACCAGGGGCGGAGCCGGGGUGGGUCUCCCCUUCUCCCUCAAAAUAAUUUUCCCUUAAUAGCAUUUCCCCCUAACUUUUGGACUUCCUGAUUUAUGUGCACCCCACUUCUCCAAACUCCUGGAUCCGAACCUGUAGCCGGGAUAUUCAUUUAAGUGGUUAGUCAAGAGGUUAAAUGUGCCAUCGGGGAUGUUGCACGUGUGGAUUCAGAAUUACGAUCCUUCCAAAUAGAAUGGACGAAAAUCAAUCCAUAUUCAUAAUAAACCAUUGCCAAACACAGAGUCUAUAUAAUGAGUCCGGCUAUAUCAUGUGCAUGUGUUAUUACUAUCAAAUAGUCGUGAAGUUUGGACAGCAUUCAUCAAGCAUGUCAUCAAAUCUGUACUUUCAGAUGCCCGCCCGGCUAGUCGCCGAGCUGAACGAAUCAUGGGUAUUUAUGGUUUGGGGGUUAACACCAUCGUAGUUUUCAAUUUGUUAUUAUGAGAAUGUGUGAUGAAUGUGACUUGCUUCUGUUUGCAUGUCCCCAUAGUUCAUCCAUUAUCGUUUCAUCAAAUACUCGAAUUAUUUGAGAACUGUUUAGUUUGGUGGAACAGUGAAUGCAUAUGUUUAAAGCUUUUGAGAACAUUGUUAUUGUUCAUUAAAAGAGUUUAUUUCUGUUUCUUGUAAUGGCGUUAUAAGAAGAUCUGGACUAAAAUGGAACGUUUUUGAUUAAAAAAACCCGCAGUCUU